AUGGCUUCUUCCGGUGUUUGCCAACAGCCAAGCACAUCUCUCGUCAAGGUUGAUCCGUGCUCCCAUCUCGAGCGACCUAUUGCGGAGGAGCAGAGCGAUAUUCAUGCUCAAGCUGAACUAGUCUCAACUCCGCGGUGGCAAUCGGUUCCAUCCUCGUCGCCGCCCAGCGAGGAUUCGACAGACGACAAUAACCUCGGUCGCAAGAUCGAAACUGAGAGCCUUACCUCUUCUGUUUUUGAUUUUGAGUCUGAAGGCGGACGGCAGUAUACGGCCAACAUCCCGGGUUACCCUCUACCUAAUGACGACCAAGAGCUGGAAAGAGAGCUCCAGCAGCAUAAGAUGUUUUUGGAAAUCACCGAGAACAAUUUGUUUUUCUCGUCUAUAGGAAAAAGCCCCCAGAACAUUCUCGACAUCGGGACUGGAGGAGGAUCCUGGGCACUGGACGUUGGCGAUAAAUACCCAAGCGCGGCGGUCCUGGGGAUUGACAGAACGCCGGUUCAGCCCUCUCUUGUUCCUCCAAACGUCCAAUUUUUGGUUGACGACUGUGAGAAGUCAUGGUCGGACGGAGAUGUUGACUAUGACUUUGUGCAUCUUCGAUGCAUGGUUUCGAUACUAAAAAACGUGCCGGGGGUUAUAAAGAGUGCAUUCAGAAGCCUUCGACCGGGAGGCUGGAUAGAGUUUCAAGAUUUUGCGAUCGAGCCGAAAUGUGACGACGGAACAAUGCAAGAAAACGAUGCCUUCAAGACCGUCUGUAAUCUCGCCCGCGAAGCAUACAGUGAACUCGGGUUCAACACCACGUCGACGAAGGAUCUCCGGUCGUUGCUUGAUACUGCGGGAUUUAAAAACGUGCAUUGCAAAGAGUUCAAAGUCCCCAUAGGCCCAUGGAAAGCUGAAAAGUCUAGCGAACGCCUAGGACUUCAACAAAAGGAGGCAAUGCUAGAUUUCAUCGGAACGCUAGCGGCACGCCCGUUUCGAGCACUGGGCUUUUCGGUGGAGGAGGCCGAGUUGAAGCUAUUGUCAGCUCGUCAAGCUCUUGCUGAUAAAACUGUCCAUAGAUACUUGGUUUACUACUUCUAUCAUGCGCAGAGGCCGUAG